UUCGCAUGGAUAUUUAGUAUGUACAUAUCAAUUGUCUUUAUCAUGUUAACCCCUUUUAUAAGAUUAAAUCUCCACCGCUCAUCACAACCCUUAAACGAAACCGUAAAACAUGCAACAAGCAAAGGAGCUCCACGCAACCACCGCCAUGGCCACCAAGCACAAGUACUCUUCGGAAGCUCAAGGACGACUUAGAGAUAAGAAGGUGAAGGACUUGGUCGACAACAAGCGUAGGCUAGUGGAGGUGCCGUACACGGCAUCCCUGGCUCACACUAUGAACACACUGCUGGUCAACCGGGUGGUGGCGGUCCCAGUUGCGGCGCCGCCCGGACACUGGAUCGGAGCCGGCGGGUCCAUGAUCUUGGAUACUGACAAACAAACAGGUACUGUACGGAAACAUUACAUAGGGAUGGUGACCAUGCUUGAUAUCUUAGCUCAAAUUGCUGAUGCUGAUGAUGAUCUUGAUAAGAAAUUGUUGUCUGUCGAGGUGUCAUCGAUCAUAGGGCAUUGUCCCGAGGGGCUCAGUCUUUGGAAUUUGAACCCAAACUCUAGCAUACUGGAGUGUAUGGAACUAUUCAGUAAAGGAAUACACCGUGCGAUGGUACCACUCGACAGCCAAAUGAACAACGCAUCUGGUGUAGAGCUUGUAGAGUCGGCAUCAUCCUACAAAAUGCUCACACAAAUGGACGUGUUAAGGUUUUUAAAGCAACACGACAUGGAGCUGAAGAGCAUUACAUCAAAAUCCAUCAAAGAAUUGGGAGCAAUCACUGAGAGUGUUUUUGCAAUAUCAGAUCGCACCAAAGUUAUAGACGCCAUCAAGUCUAUGCGAGUGGGUUUGCUCAAUGCUGUUCCCAUAAUCAAAGCCCUGGAUAUCCCCGAAGAAUAUCACAAGCAGCUUAUAAAUGGCAGAGGUGGAAAGGUUAUAGGAACGUUUUCAGCGAUCGAUCUGAAAGGGUGUAACUUGUCUGUACUGCAGACAUGGCUGCCACUGCGCGCUCUAGAAUUCACGACGGCUAUCUCGACCAACCCCUUGUUCGCAGGGCAUCAGUCGAAUACAGAGCCCCAAAAAAGGGAACUUGUGGUUUGUUGGACUGAAUCCACUCUUGCCCAAGUUAUCGACAAGGCAGUCACUAACUAUGUCCACCGGGUUUGGGUGGUGGAUUCCCAUGGUUUACUUCUUGGACUUGUUUCUCUCACUGACAUAAUCAGGGUGGUGAGGCACUCGCUCUUGUCCCAGCUAGUACUAGAAUAAAAUUGCUAUGUUCUUGUGGUGUAGAUUUAGAGUUGUUUUGUGUUGUUUUUCAGGUCACAUGCUUUGUUCAAGUGCUUGUUAUUAGGUACAUUACGUCAAUAGCAAAGUUCAGAUUUUGUGCUCAUAAUUUUCCAUGGCUCUGUUAUAGGCAGCAGAGAAUAACUAACAUAACAAUAAACUGAAAGUAACACAAAAAAGGGCCAUAACUAACAGCAUAUUCUAACAAUUAAUGUAAUAUUACUGUAGACCAAACUAACUAAGCCUAUAUGAAUUCAAUAUCUUUAGUU